AUGGAAGGACUUCACGACACCAGCGGUUACAACUGUCGCCGAUGCGACAGACCAGACUCGGCGGAAGCCCGUAUGGUCGCAUGCGAUCAGUGUCACACCUGGGAGCACUUUGGAUGUGCCGGUGUAAAUGACUCGAUAAAGGAACAUCCGUAUACGUGCCAGGAGUGUACGAUGGGACAAUCGACUAAACCAGCGGUUCCUCAGUUCCUGAAACCUUCCAAAGCAGAUGGGAAACCUGCAAGAACGGCAUCCAAAAGCGUAGGAUCGAAAAGAAGUAAGAAAACUCCAGCACCUCCACCUGGAAGCGUUACUUCUAGCGCUCGUGCAGCUCUACUGGAAGCCGAAAUGAGAAUUUUGGAGGAAGAGCAGCUAAUGAAGGAACAGGCUGCGAAGGAACAGGAUGCUUUGAGGAACCGUGAAAUCGCAGAGAAACAGCGACAAAUAGCCGAGAGAAAAGCGCUAUUGGAAGAGGAACAGCGACUACGAGAGCUGAAACUAGCGGAUGAGAAAUCGUCCACAAAUUUUUACCCAGUGAAUGUGUCUUCAACCUUACCAACUCUACAGCAGAAUAUGUUUCCUGUUUUCCGCAUGCUACCCGUUGUCCUACACGGAAAAGAACAAGCCAAGACUAUAUUCGCUUUCAUUGACGAAGGAUCCUCACUUACCCUAUUGGAGAAAAGCGUCGCGGACCAACUGGGCGCAACCGGAACACUAGAACCGCUGACGCUAAAAUGGACAGGAAACGUUACACGUGAAGAGUCUCACUCACAGAAAGUGCAGCUGAAAAUUUCAGGAACAUCAAACUCGACUAAAUACAAGCUGGUUAAUGCCCGCACAGUCAACAACCUGGUUCUACCGUCCCAGACAUUACGGUACCGGGAAUUAGCAAAGAUGUUUCCUCAUUUGCGAGGAUUGCCGCUUGAUGAUUACGAAUUUGUACAGCCAAAACUUCUCAUCGGUCUAGACAAUCUGCGUCUUGGUGUUCCACUAAAAUUGCGACAAGGUCAGCCUGGAGAUCCUAUUGCAGCCAAAUGUAGACUCGGGUGGGGUAUCUUUGGAUGUGUACCGAGCGAAACAAAUGCAUUUGUGAAUUUCCAUGUCUCUGCUGUCACAGAUUAUGACCGGAUGUUGAACGAGCAACUGCGAGACUACUUUACCAUGGAAAGUAUGGGAGUCGAUAAUCCUGGUCAAAUCUUGGAAUCGGAGGAAGAUCAGCGAGCUAGACGGCUACUAGAGGAAACUACACGUCGAACAGCAUCCGGAUUUGAGACUGGCCUCUUGUGGAAGACAGAUAAUCCCCACUUCCCAAAUAGCUACCCCAUGGCCGUCCGCCGUUUACAGUCCCUGGAAAGGAAGUUACAAAAGGAUCCAGAGUUAAAGCAAACUGUAAGGAAGCUGAUAGCAGAUUAUGAGGAAAAGGGGUACGCUCAUAAGGCUAGCGAGGAAGAACUUUUGACUGCAGACUCAAAUCGAGUGUGGUACUUACCACUGAGUGUCGUCACUAACCCCAGAAAGCCUGGUAAAAUUAGAUUGAUAUGGGAUGCUGCAGCAAAAACCGAUGGAGUGUCAUUCAACUCACAACUACUUAAAGGGCCCGAUUUGCUAACUCCUCUGCCCACUGUUCUGAGUCAAUUCCGUCAGUAUCCGAUUGCAGUGUGUGGGGACAUCAAGGAGAUGUUCCACCAAAUAAAAAUACGGGAACAAGAUCGCCAAUUACAGCGGUUUCUCUGGCGCGACACUCUGAUCGAGCACCCGCAAGUCUACAUAAUGGAUGUAGCAACAUUUGGGUCGACGUGUUCUCCUGCGUCAGCCCAAUAUGUGAAAAACAUCAACGCAGCAGAGUUUGUUGGUCAAUAUCCUCGUGCCUCAGCCGCUAUAGAGAAAAAACACUAUGUGGGCGACUACUUGAAUAGUUUCGAGUCCAUCCAGGAGGCAAUUGAAGUCGUCAAUGACGUUAAAAGAGUGCAUGCCAGAGGCGGUUUCGAGCUGAGAAAUUUUCGCUCCAAUUCAAUAGACGUCUUGCGCGGGAUCGGAGAAGCUCCAGCCGAAGGAUCAAAAUAUCUUCUACUGGAUAGAAGCGAGGCUACAGAAUCAAUCCUCGGGAUGCGAUGGAUACCGAAAGAUGACGCUUUUACCUACGCUUUCGCGAUCCGUAGCGAUCUUCUACCAAUCUUAGCGGAGAAUCACAUGCCCACUAAGCGGGAGGUGCUCAAGGUACUCAUGAGCUUGUUCGACCCGCUGGGAUUCAUCUAUGCCAGCGAGGCAGCAUACUCGUGCGUUGCCUAUUUUCGCCUGCACACCGAAAACGCAAUAGAAGUGUCGCUGAUCGGUGCUAAAUCCAAAGUGGCACCUCUAAAGACACUGACUGUCCCCAGACUUGAAUUGAAGGCGGCAGUUUUAGGAGUUCGCUAUUUGGAAGCAAUUCAGAGUCAUCACACUUACGAAAUCCAGCAAAGGUUCUUGUGGACCGAUUCAGCUACCGUUUUGGCAUGGAUUAAAUCAGAUCACCGUCGAUACAACAAGUUUGUGGCAUUUCGAGUAAGUGAAAUAUUGUCGUUAACCGACCAAAAUGAAUGGAGAUGGCUCCCAUCAAAACUCAACGCGGCCGAUGAAGCCACCAAGUGGAACAGUGGUCCAAAUCUGCAUUCAGAUAGCGCUUGGUUUAAAAGUCAAAGCUUCCUGCGUGAACCGGAAUACAGUUGGCCCGAAACAAAACGUGAAUCGACAACGCAAGAGGAAUUGCGCCAUGUGCACCUUCAUAGUAACUCCACACCGUUGAUCGAUGUCACUCGCUUCAGUCAGUGGACCCGAAUGCUUCACACAAUUGCAUUCGUAUUACGCUUCAUAAACAACUUGCGUCGUAGAAAACAUGGAUUGCAGAUGCAACUUGAUAUUCUUCAACAUGACGAGCUUAAAACGGCAGAAGAAUUACUUUGGAAACUUGCACAGGCAGAAACGUAUCCUGAAGAAAUCAGCCUGCUCAAACCUACCCAAGGCGAACCAGAAGCAGAGCAUGCGAUCGUAGCCAGGUCCAGCCCUAUUUACAAAACCUGGCCGUUCAUCGAUAAACGAGGGAUACUCAGAAUGCGCAGUCGAGGCAGUGCAGCCGCAUUUACACCGUUUGAAGCAAAGUAUCCGGCUAUUCUCCCGAAGAAUCACCCGACCACGUUCCUAAUUACAGAUUGGUACCAUCGUCGCUUCCGCCACGGUAACCGCGAAACGGUUGUUAACGAAAUGCGUCAACGUUUUGAAAUUGCCAGACUACGAGUACUAAUUUUCAAGGUAAUCCAAAACUGUAGCUGGUGCCGGAUAGCGAAAGCAACCCCAAGAAUACCAGCUAUAGCCCCACUUCCUUCAUUUCGAGUGACGCCAUUCGUUAGACCGUUCACCUUUGUCGGAUUGGACUAUUUCGGCCCGGUUUUCGUGCGGGUAGGUAGAAGCCAAGCGAAGAGAUGGAUUGCUCUGUUUACUUGUCUCACCGUGAGAGCCGUACACAUGGAGGUGGUACACAGCUUGUCUACCGAGUCGUGUAUAAUGGCAGUGCGACGCUUUGUUGCUCGUCGUGGGCCACCCUCGGAAUUUCACACGGAUAACGCCACGUGCUUCCAAGGAGCUAGUAGAGAGCUGCAAAAUGAAAUAGCAGCAAGAAACAGUGCGCUAGCCUCAACGUUCACGAGUGCCCACACCCGCUGGACAUUUAUUCCACCUGCAACUCCUCACAUGGGAGGGGCUUGGGAACGUCUCGUUCGUUCAGUUAAACAGGCAAUAGGAUCGAUCUUGGACGCACCCCGUAAACCAGACGAUGAAACAUUAGAGACAAUCGUCUGUGAAGCAGAAGCGAUGGUGAACUGUCGACCUCUCACAUACAUUCCGCUCGAGUCGGCAGACCAAGAGGCCCUGACGCCCAAUCACUUUCUCCUGGGAAGCUCUACUGGUGUCAAGGUCAUCCCGACCGAGUACGUGAGUACUGCUGCUACACUCAGAAGCAGCUGGAAACUAGCCCAGCACAUCAGCAACGAGUUCUGGAAAAGAUGGAUCAAAGAGUAUCUCUCGGUGAUCACUCGCAGAUGCAAGUGGUUCGAAAAUCCUAAAGACAUACAGGUUGGCGACUUAGUAUUGGCAGUUGGUGGAGUGGCAAGGAACCAGUGGAUCCGAGGACGCAUCGUGAAAGUGAUAAACGGGCGAGAUGGGAAAGUUCGUCAAGCCUUGGUUCAGACUACAACAGGUGUGUUAAGACGAUCAGUUGUCCAAUUGGCGGUUUUGGACGUCGCGAAGAGCAGUGAACCUAACGAUAAUCCACCAGUUACGUCGGAUGAUGACCAAGGUUCACGGGUGGGGGAAUGUUGCGACGAUACUCCCUGUUGA